GUACAAUGACUCACUCACUCAUGACACUGGACAUCUCCGGCAACAAAAUGCAGCACAUACCACUGGAGGCGUUGCAGAAAUUGCAUUCAUUAACGCGACUUGUGGCGCAGAGGAAUCACAUAACAACGCUGGAGGGCAACUGGGAGGCGCUCUUCGACACGCUGCGCUCGCUACACCUCUCCGGCAACGACAUCACCGAGGUAUCACCGUUUGGCCUGCACGAAAACGGCAACGGCUUGAACGGCGGCAACAGUGGCGCCAGCAGUCAUCCCUCCAGUUUGGCGGCCAUAACACGACAUGAUGAGCAGGCCAUGACGAAAAGUGCGCACAACAGCGCGCGAAAUACGCCGAACGAACUCGGCAGCAUGGUGGGCCACACGUCGAGCACUAGUAACCACAUUGCGCCCAGUAAACCCUUCAGCAGGCUGCAGAAAUUGCUCUGGCUGGACCUGUCGAAUAAUCGCAUCUAUCACAUAGCGCCCAACUUCCUGCCACGCUCACUGGUCACCAUCGAUCUCUCGAGCAAUCUGCUCACCGUCUUUCCACAACAACUCUUCGAGCAUCUACACGGGCUGCGUAUUGUGUCGCUGCGUGAUAAUCUCUUACGUAGCGUGCAGACGAAAGAGCUGCGACUCGUGCGCAUGCGGCUGGAGAAACUCGAUUUGGGUAUGAAUUUGGUGGAGACGCUGGAAUCGGAUUGGUUUCAGAACAACUACUCGGAUGUGCAUGUGCGCGCUUUGAAUCUGGAGAAGAACUUCAUACGGCAGCUGCCACCGGCCGUGUUUAAGGGUACUGGUAUAGUGCACCUCGUUUUGGCAUUCAAUGCCAUCGAGCGCAUACACGUGACCGCCUUUGAGGGCAUAACCGAAACGCUGGAGUACUUGGAUCUGGAGCGCAAUGAGCUCAAUGCUGUGCCAGGCGCGAUCAGCACGUUGCAUAAACUGAAGUAUCUAUACCUCGCUUCGAAUAAUAUCUGUCAGUUGACCAAUCUGCCGGAGAAUACCGAGAAUCUGCGCGUGCUCAGCUUGAGCGGUAACAAUUUCACGAUGAUACCGGUGCUGGCAUUGCGCAACUACACACAGCUCUCAUAUCUCAAUAUGGGCUAUAACCUUGUUUCGGACAUACCGGAGGGCAUUUUCGCUGUAGACAAUUGGGGCGCCAAUCUGCAGACAAUACUGCUGCGCAAUAAUAAAAUCACACACUUGCAUUUGGGCUCUUUCUAUGGUUUGGAGCAAAUACAGGAGAUCAGUUUGAGCUUCAACGACAUCAAUAUACACCAUCCGUUGGUGUUUGAGAAUGUUUCACGCACUUUGAAGAUACUGGAACUCUCCUUUGCGGUCUUCCCAGCACGCAGCUUGGAGUCCAUCGAUCCACUCGAAGCGCUGCUGCCGCUCUCACAGCUGAUGUGGCUCGGUUUGGACAAUAAUAACCUGAAGACGCUUUCGAAUGAAUCAUUCGCCUAUAUGCGCGAACUAAGCUACAUCAAUUUGGCAUUCAAUCAGCUGAAGCAACUGCCGCGUGGACUCUUUCUACCCGACGUGCACAGUCACCUAGUGGAGAUCGAUCUCUCAUACAAUGCUUUAGAGGUUAUUACGCGCAAUACCUUCCAUAGUCUGGGCGAUCUGCAGACGCUUAACUUGCAAUCAAACGAGCUGAAGCUGCUUGAGAAGCACGCGUUCCACAACUUGGAGUUUCUGCGUUACAUCGAUUUGUCCUACAAUCAAUUGGCGAAUAUCUCGCACGGCGCAUUCACGGUGCUGCCCAACCUUGCUGCCUUGGAUUUGAUGCAUAACAACCUUUGUACGCUCUCGCUGAAAAUGUUCCAUUUCGUCUCGAAUACCAGCACGCCGCUGCGUCUCAAUGUCACCUACAAUCAGAUUGCGCACUUUGAGGAUGAACUCAGCUCAUAUAUGUAUAUCUAUAACCUGGAUAUUAGCCACAAUGCAAUCAGCAAAACCGAGAGCUUUGCGAACCUUGCGAAUACGCUGCGCUUCCUCAAUCUCGCGCACAAUACAAUCGGCAGCUUAGCCAAUCACGCCUUCGGCGACCUAGAAUUCCUUGAAAUACUCGAUCUCUCCUACAAUAAUAUCACGACUUUGCGUCGACGCAGUUUUCAGGGCUUAAAUAGUCUGCAAGAGCUGGAUCUCGACUAUAAUGGACUCGAACAGCUACAAGUUGAGCAAUUCUCGAACUUGCGCAAGCUACGCAUACUGCGCGUACGUGGCAAUCGUUUGCGCGCGCUGCCACGUGAAGUCUUCAUGAAUACGCGACUCGAGUAUUUGGACAUUUCAGAGAACCAGUUAUCCGUGUGGCCGGUGCCGGCCUUCUCCGAUGUCGGCUUUACGCUGCGCAGCAUACAAAUGGCGCAGAAUACGCUGGAAUACUUGGACUCCAGCAUGUUUGUGAACUCGCAAUUCCUCUACGACAUCAAUCUGGCUUGCAAUCGCAUCACCGUGUUACCGGAUAACACCUUCACCUUUCUCAAUAAUCUCACCAAUUUAGAGCUCUCACAGAAUCCACUAGUAACCACCAACCUCAAAGAGGUCUUUCUGCAUACGCCACGUUUGCGUCGUCUGAAAAUACGUCGCAUGGGUCUCUAUGUGCUACCACAACUCAGUCUGCCAUAUCUGUCACAUCUCGAUGUCAGCGGCAAUUAUCUGCAAGAGCUCACCUCACUACAUGAGAUGCGUCAGUUGCGCCAUGUGAAUGUCUCACAUAAUAAAAUCGUUAACGCCAGCAGCGUUGCCGAACAUCUACCGACAUCGGUGCGUGUGCUCGAUCUGGCGCACAACCCCCUGCGGCGUAUAACCGCGCACGACCUCGUCGCCUUGCGUCACCUCACCGAUCUCAAUCUGCUCGACGUGAAGGUUGUCAAUCCGACAGUGUUCAGUAAACUGCGCUCACUGCGCAAAUUACAUUUGACGUCACAUCAGAAUUUGGGUGAGCUCGUGGCGCGCAUACCGGGCCUACAGGAAUUACGCGUACACUGCGUGGAGACGAAUAUUGGUUCGCAGCUCUUCGCCAAGCUGCUGAACAAUACCAAAUUACAGCUACUCGAGCUGUACGGCGGCAAUGUGCAGACAAUAGCGCCAGAUGCGCUCGAGGGCUUGGCACGUAACCAACAUUUGUUGGUGAAAAUCUCACAUACUAAAAUAUCCGAUUUGCCGCCGGGCAUUUUUUAUACGCUACGCGCUGUGCCACAGCUAUCCAUCGAUAUAUCCAAUAACAAAAUAAAUGCACUAGCGGCGGACAGCUUCUAUCCGAACAAGACCUACUGGGAUACCGUGGGCACGCGCAGCAUCAUCGGCGGUUUGGACACGUCCAACAAUCCGCUCGAAUGUGAGUGCGGCCUGGUGUGGUUCGGCCAUUGGCUGCGGCGUUGGUUGCGCGAGUCGGCGCAAAUUAAAGUGAUACAGAAGGACGAGAUGAAACGCAUGGUGCAGCGUGCGCGCUCGAACACGUGCCACGAUCCUACCACUGGUCGUCGUCUGCCCAUACUGGAGAUAUUUCCCGAAGAUCUGCUGUGCCAAGCGAGCGCACUCAGCAGUUCGAGUGAACGUCUCUUUCUGCUCUCAUUUGCGGCGAUUGUCUUGCCGCUCUUUACAAUGUCACUUUGAUAAUUGGACGCCUAGAGUUGCUAAUGUGUGUAAAUUAUUAAGUUAAGAGUUGGCAUAUAAAACUAAAUAUAUUAUAUAAUAAUAUACUUUAAAAUGGAAUGGUUCUUGCUUUAACUGUUGAAAGUGGAUGGAGUUUGGAAACUAAAAUAUUGUUAGCUUGAGAAAUAUGUAAAUUGCUGUAAAUUUAUUGCGGUAAAGUGUUAAUUAUAUUAUGUAAGAAGUGUAAAUUUGAUAGUGUAAAGUAAGAUAGAGAUAUAUAUAGUAUAUAUACAAUAAGUUUUAAGCCACAAAUUUCUGAGAAAUUAUUUUUCUUUUAUAUAGUUUUUGUGUUCGGUAGUAGUAGAAUAUGAGAUACAUCAGAAUAUGUGCUGACAAGUCAAAAAAUCUUAAGUGGUGUUUGAAACAAAUUUUUCAUGAAUUUUUUAAUAUUCAGAAUUUUAUCAAAUUAAAAAAUGAUUACAGCUGCUCUUGCCGCAGUUAAUAUCAAAAUUUUUAUUCUACAAUAAUGUCUCAAUAUAGAAACCUCUAGUAAGAUUUUAUACCCAAAUUUAUCCAUCUCUGCUUAAGAUUAUUUGUCUUGUCAGUACCAGAACUUGGUUAAAAACAUAUGAAUCCGUUAAUAAAAAAUAUCAUAUAUUACAUACAGGUGGUAACUGUAAUUCCUGUUGAUUCCUAAACUAGUAAAUUUUUACUAACAACUAAAUAAUUUAAUAGAAAUAUACAUAAAUAUAGCAUGAAACUGACAGAACUGGUUAAAAUGACGGGGUUAAUAACUUAUUUCUUUAGUUACGAAAUUUUCAAGCGGGUCGAGAUGAUGAGUGGAGAGUAAAAGGUAGAGUCAGCUUAGAUUAGUACUGACUUUCAAUUUUCUUGUGUGGGCCCUCGUACGUUGGCCAUUAAUCUGCUAAGAUAGGAGGUGAUUUGCCUGUGGAAGAAGGUUAAUCUGGGGUCAAGCCUUACGCCUAGGUAAUUCACAGCUUUUAGUGUCUUCAGAACUUCCAUAGUCAUUUACAUGAUUAUUACGAGAGAACUGUACUUGUUCGUCAGCAGCAAUAGCUCCAUUUUUUCUGUAGUGAGCUGCUGGUUAUGAGAGUCAAGCCAUGUUUGCUGCCGAAUAAUGACCUGAUUCAGCUUUCUUCAGGCUUCCUGUCUCGAGCUGUGAUUACUGCUGUUAUGUCGUCCGCGUAGCCGAUUAAGCAUAAUUCAUCUGGCAUUUCAAGUUUUAGAUUUCCGUAAAAUGGACCCUUGUGCUGCUCCUGACGUAAUUUAUAUUUAACGUGAUACCGCUCUAGCCUGGUAUAGCAGAGACUUUCCGGUAACUAAGAUAGCUCCGCACCACAGCUUGAGGUAAUCGGGGAUUCUAACAUUUUUUCUAAAGCAAGGAUCAUGUCUGCCAAACUCGCGUUAUUGAAGGCGUUUCGAAUGUCAACAGAACUAUUGACUUGUAUUUGUAGCUUCUAAGCUGUACAACUUGUAUUUUCAAUGACGCUUUGGAUAGCGCCCAGAGCUGACUUUCCGGUUCUGAGGUCUAAAACCGUGCUGUCUGGAGUAGAGUCUGCCAGCUUUAUUGAAAGCCGUUUCCAGUAUAGAUGUAUAGAGCCUGUAUCGAGUAUGUAUAAUGGGCGGUCUGCUCAUGGCAAGCUGGGAUCCCCUUUCCCUUGCUGAUUAGAGCAACUCAUUAUUUUCUACAAAUUUCAGGAAAUAUCGCAAAUUCGAGGCAGGUGUUGUACAUGUUUAAAAGUGCUGCGGGUCGUUUUGCGGCGACUGUUUUGAGUGUUUCUGUUAGGAUCCCUUCCGCGCCGUGCGAUUUGUUAGUUUUGAGCUUACCAGCGACCAGCUGUAGGGGAUUUCCGAAAGUCUUAUAGUCUGUUCUGGUUCACUGACUAUUUUUUCGUACGUUGGAAAAGUGCGUUAACGAUACCAUCCAUUUUGGCAGCGUUUAAGUCAGGGGCCUUGGUUCGAAAUCCGAAAUUAAACUUGUUUUCUUGGAAAAAAGGAAGUGAGUAGUUUUUAACAUAUUUUUACCCUAAAUAAAGUUUGCCUACGAUAAAGUUCCUCGAAACAAACGAGAAUAUAAAUAAAUUAAAAAAAGUUGGAAAAAAAUUCAAUUUAUCUCUCUUAGUUGGUGUAUCUGGUCAUGGCACAAUCGCUGUAAGCAGCAUACCAGAUGAGCUAGCGAAAGGGAACACCCUUACUCCGCUCAUAUCGGUAUUGACCAUCGCUAUCAUCUUAAGUUCUAUCACUUGGUCUAGCGGGCACUUAGCAAGCAUUGGUUGACUAGAGUAUAACAUAGGAUAUCUACUGAAGCUCUUAGCAAAGUUAAUCUUGUCGCAAUCGUAGCAGUUGUAGUGUCCAGUAGACAUUGUUCAAUCGGCAUUCAUACUGUAAGGCUUAUAUAUUACAUCAGUCGGGUGCAAAUUGUCAAAGCUAUGUGCCAGAAAGUGAAGUGAAAACUUCCAGGCAAUUUCUCGUAUAUUGUCUUGCUUUUACAAGAAGGGGGAUAACAUAUCUCGGCAGUCAUAACUUGUGCGAAUUGGAGUACGUAGCAGAGACUAACAUUAACUACAAAUUUGCCAUUGGCUCAAAGCACUUCGUCGACUUUUGUGUGUCUUUAAAAUCAAUUUUAUAGGAGCUCUAGGUAAUACAACGGACCGGUUACAGGCUGUUCAAAUGAGUUUACUGUAAGGAUCGACCUUUCAACUUAAAUUGAUCUAAGGCAAUAUCGAGCAUGAGUUUUGAGUUUUCCUUUAUUGCGUGCUCAAAACAUUCUUCCAAAAGUGUUUUCCACUUUUAAAGUUAUUACUAACAUGCUAUUCCCGAGCGAGAAUCUACACUCAGAGAAAAUUUAUUUUAUUAUUUUGAUGAGUAAUACUUGCAAGAUAUAGUGAGCAAAUGAGUUGUUGAGACAAGUGGACGAUAAAAUAUAUGCAAAUAAAUAAAGAUAUAUUUAAAAGGCUACAGAAGCAAUAGAAAACCACGCGACUUUUAACGACAAACCAAACUCCUACUUUAUUAAUAGAGCUAUAGCAGACUUCAAAGAAUAU